ACUGAGAUUAUGGUCAUCAAAGAACAGGCAAAGACAACACACACAAUGGUUCGUCGUCUACCACUCUUUCAUGUGGACGGCUUGCGUCCGUCACCGUGGGACAAAAAUUAUGGAUUGUUUCGGUAAACAAUGCAACCCCAUCCCUCUGCCCAGCUUCUCACGCAACGCCAUGCCGUCGACACACCCAUGUAUAAUAUUCUCGCGUCAGAAAUAAACCCAUACCUUCUGUUGCGUGGGCGUCCCGCGGCUAUUGAGUACACACUCCAAGCUUGUGCUCCCCGCACCCGUACGGAUUCACUGUCUGGAGGGAAUACUUCGGCGUCUGUGCUGAACCGUGACAAAUUCAGAUCAUGACGACGCUCCGUCGUUACGCCCUUGCCUCUCUGCCGCUUCUUUUGCUUCUCGCACUUCCUGUGCUCUGUCGGGAUGCCACUGUCCUCAACAGCGCUGGCCAAAGCCUGCAGGACAUCCACGGAACAGCCAGCGUGGCUGCUGGUGCAGUUGCCGCCUCUACGCCAACUCGCGUCACCAACCCUCUAUUGGCCCUCAUGGAGCCUGCCCUUCCAGCACUGAAAUAUUUCCUUCCACUGGUGGCCCUGUUAGCCCUGCCAGACCUUCUCAGAGGCCUGGGCUUUGGAGCGUUCAACACCUUCGGCGCGAAUGCUAGGGGACGCAGGUCUGCGCCUCCCAUGACUGGUGAAGGGUUUGUGGAAGGCGCCCAGCAGAUGCUGACCCUGAUGAGCAGGGUCGACGAGGCCCUGCUCAGGUACCAUAAGAUUGAAGAAGGGCCCUGCAGGCUCAGGGCGCUGUGCGAGCUUCACCAGAAGGGAUUAGGGCCACAGCUGGGAGCUGUGGCAAAGAAUCUCGUCAAUGUGCUAAGGAUGCAAACACGAACUCGCCGUGCUGGGAUGCCCGAAGAAACCAGGACCGUCGUCAGGGAUUUCCUCAAGGCGGCCGAAUACGGCUUGGACCACAAAAACUGCACGAAGAUCUAUGCUGACUGUCCAGACCUGUCGACGUAGCACGUGCCAUAUUUAAUUGAUGUCUCAAAUCUGAGCUUCAUGCGCGAAGAUUUGCGGUUGCGACCUCAGCACGCUGAGGAAACCAAGCAACAUGUGAACGAUAGUCUAGCAAGGAACGAUACCGUCAUAAAAUUGCCAGCACACGGAGAAGAAAAGGAGGGGGCACUCGCCGUAUUUGAUGGUGCCUUUGCUGGUCGCUAGAGGGCAGAGAUGUAUCGGUGACUUCGGGUGACUUGUCAUUGGCAAUAUCAUUAUGGUCAUUUGAAUAUGAACUUUCAUGCUGCGGGGUAGUUCUCAACUAUGCUGGGUUCUCAACUAUCAUCUGGCUACAUUGAUGUGCUUCAAUGCUCAUUGAAUAUGUUUGAGUUAAGUCCCACGUUGACAACCACAUAUUCUUCUUUAAGUCUUGCAUUAGGCCGUUUGCGUGGAUGUUAUUCCACUACAUAGCGAAAAGUGCACAGUCACUGUGCUACGUCAGGAUUAGAUUAUGCGAGCCACAACGCACAGGAAAGUGGAAGGCACUUAGAGACAGGCACGAAUACGCUGGUUAGGUAAAAGAAAUAGGUUGGAUAGUCUUAUCGUUUUCAAUGAGAAUAUACGUUGUGGUCUUCCGGCCACCGCUUUUGUGGUCACGUGGCUUAUGUGCGUGAUGACACUUGUAAUGACGUGCCCCCAGGACAGGACAUGAGUGCGCUCGUGAUUGCAUAACCUCAUUAUCCUUACCAUUAUCCUCAAUGUAUCCUCGAUGUACCCUCGAUGUGCCCCGUGGAUGUCGACGAGGGAAGCCAUAUUAACACAAAAAAUAUUUGAUUCCUGUAUUUGGUGCGGUCCAACCCAAUGUACAACGCUAUCGCAUCCAUGCUAGACCAGUAUCCAACGCGUGCUUUAUUCUGAUAUCCAACAGAGUCCGUUCCGCGCUUCACUGCCAACAGAACCAGAUACUAUGGUAUGACUAUUGUAGGAAUAUAUGUUUCCCUGUCACUGGCGUGUGGGAUAUAACGUGCGUACCAUUCGUUACCACGCUGAUGCCCACGGCGACGUGAGCUUCGGAGAUGUGACGGCGUCUCAUUUCGCCACUUCAAGUAGAAAGCCAAAUGCUGGCAACGUGUCGUGGAUACGUGGGUAAGAUCUGCUGCUACCGACGAACACGUGCAGCAUAAACGUUCUGUGUAACCGACAGCACAUGCCCAUGAGUGAAAGUGUGCGGAGAUCGUUUUGUGAAAAUGUGCGAUACUUUUUUAUUUUGUCCACUGCUUCUAGAAGCAUGGGUAUGAAACUCUUAUGGCGAUAAAGUGGAGGUAUUAUUACGGCCAGGUUGAGCUAGAAGAGCUCUUGGUCCAUCGCAGUAUUUAGGCAUUUGCCUUGUCACAUAUGUUAUAUGUCCAUCUCACAUUUAAUUCUGUACAUAGUUUCGGCAGGUCGAGACAUUAAUGUGUAUAAUGAAUGAAGUCACUAAACCCAACAUAUUUUCAUUAAAAUGGGUGUCAAGAUCAGG